AUGGCGACGGCAUCGCCCACCUUUGUCACAAUCUCGGCCCUCGACGCCGGCCAAAUCUCGCUCCCGGAGCACAUGUUUGUCAACGACGCGGACCCGGUAAAGAAGACCCUCGUCCCGUCGCUGUCGUUCCUCAUCCGCCACCCUGAGCCAGAUGGCAGCGUCACAAAUCUCGUCUUCGACCUCGGCGUCAAGCGCGACUUGAAGUACACGCCCGCGCAGCAAGCCGAGCUUGCUAUAUGGCAGCCUAUCAUUACGGACACGGAUUGCGCACAGAGUCUGCAUGACGGGCCUCUCUUGGAUCCGGCAAAGGACGUCGACUACAUCAUCAUCAGCCACGCCCACUGGGACCACACCGGCACGCCAUCAGAUUUCCCCUCUGCGACAUUCGCCGUGGGGUCGGGAACCCUGAAUCUCUUCAAGCACGGCGCCGGAUCGGCAUAUCCAUCAAUUUUCCUCAACCCCGACGAACUGCCUGCCAGCCGCACAAUCGAGUUUCCGCCCAUCUCUCGCACAGGCGUAUACGGCAACGAACCAUACGUCCCGAAACACACGCCGUUGCCGGAAGACACCCAGGCGAAGCCGCCUGCUGCAGCAGCGUCGUGGACAUGGAAGCCUUUUGACGAGUUACCGCAUACGCUCGAUUUCUUCGGCGACGGGAGUCUUUACGUGGUUGAUACGCCGGGCCACAUUUACGGACAUGUAAAUCUUCUUGCUCGCCUGGGGGAGCGAAGAUGGGUGUACCUUGCUGGCGACUGCUGUCAUGAUCGACGUCUGGUUACUGGCGAGAAGGAUAUCGGGCUGUAUGAUGAUGGACAUGGUGGGUUAAGGAGCAUUCAUACUGAUACGGCGGAGGCGAAGAAGUCGCUUGAUAGACUGCGGGAGUUUGCGAAGAAGAAGGGCGAAGAGGGGAUUGAGGUGGAGAUUGUGCUGGCGCAUGACCCUAUUUGGAGGAGGGAGAAUGCGCACAAGUGUUGGCCGGGGAAGAUGUAA